AUGUCUAAACGAAGCGUAGACCCGCUCUAUCAACCUUUUAUACAGCCGACAUCCGAGAACCACAGUCCGUGGGUCAUCGUGUCAACCUGUUUGUUCAUGAUCAUUACUUUCUCCGUGACAACUACAACACUCAUUGCGCGAUUCAGGGUUCUCAGGACACUGGCAUGGAGUGACUGGUUCCUACUUUUUGCUGCUGGGAUAUGCAUAAACUUCGCCUGUUUACGAGGUCUGGGGCGGAAGCCAAGUGCUCUCCGGAAAAUGCCAAUGGAAGGGUUUGAAAUCCUUAUCUACAUCGGUCAGAUUUUAGCACUUGCUUCACUGGCAUGUUCAAAGGCCUCCAUUACUCUACUUUUAAUUUCAAUCAAGCCGUUGAAAUGCAUCCUGUUGAUGUGCCGUAUUUUACUCGGGAUUUUGGCUAUCUGGGGAUUGGCAGGUGUUUUAUCUCUUUCGCUGCAGUGUGGACUCGCUCAGCCAUGGAAAUCGGCCGAAAACUGUUGGCUCAACCAAUAUGCCCUACAUGUUGGCCUUAACAUAGGGAGCAUGAUUACGGAUUUCGCGCUAGUUCUUCUGCCAUUCCUAUUUGUAUCUCAGGUGCAAAUACCAUUCAUCAAAAAACUUGCCAUUGCUGCGCUUUUUGGCAUGAGGCUGAUUGUUCCGUCAUUCACUAUCGUGAUGACUAUUACAUCACGCUCUUACUUCUCUUCCCCUGCGCCAGAGAGAUCAUGGCUGGCUGUUAUGCCAACAAUCUGGAUGCAAGCCAUCCUCUGCGUUUCCGUCGUGGCCACCUGCAUUCCAAACUUAAAACGGCUACUGGCUGUCCUUCGAACAGGGCUAAUGGCUGGAACAGUCAAUGAGUUCUAUGAGCUUUCGGUUUCUGGGGGAGACAGUAAGGCCGGGACAUCAGGAUCCCAAGCACGGUCUGGCAAAACAUCUUAUUCGAAAGAGAACUAUAGUAAUGGCACACCCCGGCCUUCAACCUCCGGAGGGAGCGUUUCUGGGACACCCACCAUGUCGUCUUUUGCUGGAAAUGCUUCAGCUAUGCGUCAUCUACAUCCAGAGACGGCUUACACCAUGGGGAAAAAGGAACAUUACGACAAGGGAUAUGUUGUCGAAUCCAAGGUACCUAGUUGCAAAACGCCUAUAUUCAAGUUACAGGACCUCCUUUGGGAGCGGAGCUUACGGUCAGGAGUCGCCCGACCAAAGCCCGAUGAUCGCAGUUCAAGUCUCGACAUCCUGACGGCACGAUGA